UGCUCCUGCCGGCUAAAACGAACGUGCUCUUCCUCUCCAUUCCUCUGCCACUCCCAUCUCACCGCGAAGCAUGGCGUCCGUCACCGCCCGCACCCCGGUCGCGGCCCUGCGCCCGUCGGCGUCGCUCAGGUCGUCGGCCUUCGUCGGCCACUCUAGCCGCCUCGGCCGCGCCGCUGCGCCGACGAGGCGCAGCCUCAGGGCGGAGGCCAAGGGCGAGUGGCUCCCCGGCCUCCCUUCCCCCGCCUACCUCGACGGCAGCCUGCCGGGCGACAAUGGUUUCGACCCGCUGGGCCUGGCGGAGGACCCGGAGAACCUGCGGUGGUUCGUGCAGGCGGAGCUGGUGAACGGGCGGUGGGCGAUGCUGGGGGUGGCCGGGAUGCUGAUCCCGGAGGUGCUGACCAAGGCCGGGCUCAUCAACGCGCCGCAGUGGUACGACGCCGGCAAGUCGGAGUACUUCGCGUCGUCGUCCACGCUGUUCGUCAUCGAGUUCAUCCUCUUCCACUACGUCGAGAUCCGGCGGUGGCAGGACAUCAAGAACCCCGGCAGCGUCAACCAGGACCCCAUCUUCAAGAGCUACAGCCUGCCGCCCCACGAGUGCGGAUACCCCGGCAGCGUCUUCAACCCGCUCAACUUCGCGCCCACGCUCGAGGCCAAGGAGAAGGAGCUCGCCAACGGGAGGCUGGCCAUGCUGGCGUUCCUGGGGUUCCUGAUCCAGCACAACGUCACCGGCAAGGGGCCCUUCGACAACCUGCUGCAGCACCUGUCCGACCCAUGGCACAACACCAUCAUCCAGACUUUCUCCGGUUGAGUCGACGGGGAGUGAUCACCAAUUUGGUGGGCUGAUGGGGACAGGAGGACAUACAUUGAUACGCGAUCGAUGUGAAUUCCUUUCUGUGUGGAUCAUCAGUUUGUGAUGUGUGUUUAAUCCGGAGAGGAGAUUAAGGACUGUGUUGUAAUAAUGCUGUAUGCAUGGUGAGGAGAGUGAGUACUGAGGGGUGAUUGGUAUGUACAUUAAUGACAAGGGUGGUUAAGGGUAGAGAUUGUUUGAUCAGUAUCUUAUCUCUCGAUGGGGUUCGUUCCGUGCCUUUUUA